CUCACUUUGUCCUCGUCCGCCAUUAGAGAUCUCUGAAGCUCUCGCCAUGGAGAGAUCUCGAUCUCCAUCGCUGCUCCUUCUCCUUCUUCUUUCCUUGAUCUCGUCGUCCAUGGCGGAGAUCAAGAAUUUGAAGAUCACUGCUGACUCACGGCCGAUGAUUCUCUUGGAGGAGUUCGGCUUCACGCCCCACGGCUCGGUCAUAAUCGACAUCUCCGACGCCACCUUCGCAUCCAACCUUGCGACGCCUGACCCCAACGUCCUCGGUUUCUUCCUUCUCUCCGAGGAAAACCUCAUCCAAGCCCUCUACGAAUCCCAAUCUCAGCAACGAUCCGAGGCUCCGGGCUGCGUCCUCUCCAGCUCCUUUGUCCGUCCUCUGUUCACCUUCCACGAGCUCUCCAAUGGCCGCUAUAACAACUCCUUCCCCAUCUCCCGCCCCGAUCAGUACAGCCUCUUCUUCGCCAACUGUGCGCCGGAAACCCUAGUCACCAUGUCUGUCCACACCGAGAUGUACAACACCCGGACGGAUGGCACUCGUGACUACCUCUCCGUCGGCCAGGCCCCCGUCCCUUCUCUCUAUUUCGUCUUCGCUCUCGUCUACAUCGUUUUCCUCGCUGCUUGGUCUCAUCUCGUUUUCUUCAAGAACCGCCUCUCCGCCCACCGGAUCCACUUUCUCAUGGCCGGCCUUCUCCUCACCAAGGUCCUCAACCUCUUGUUCGCUGCCGAGGAUCAGCACUACAUCCGCUCCACUGGCAGCCCCCAUGGCUGGGACAUCCUUUUCUAUCUUUUCCAGUUCUUAAAGGGUGUCCUCCUUUUCACGGUCAUCGUCCUCAUCGGCACCGGAUGGUCAUUCCUCAAGCCAUUCCUUCAGGACCGGGAGAAGAAGGUGCUCAUGAUCUUAAUUCCCCUCCAGGUCAUCGCCAAUAUUGCCUCCACUGUUAUCGGGGAGACAGGGCCGUUCAUCCGCGAUUGGGUCACAUGGAACCAAGUCUUCCUUCUCAUCGACAUCGUCUGCUGCUGCGCCAUCCUCUUCCCCAUCAUUUGGUCGAUCAGAUCUCUUCGGGAAACGUCAAAAACAGAUGGGAAGGCCGCGAGGAACCUCUCAAAGCUUACUCUUUUUAGGCAAUUCUAUAUCAUUGUGGUUGGGUAUUUGUAUUUCACGAGGAUUGUUGUGUUUGCACUGAAGACUAUCACAGCAUACAAGUACAGGUGGGUGAGUGUUGCAGCCGAGGAGACCGCGAGCUUGGCAUUCUAUGCGGUUAUGUUCUUUAUGUUCAGGCCCGUGGAGAGGAACCAGUACUUUGUGCUUGACGAGGAUGAAGAGGAGGCAGCUCAGGCAGCACUCCGAGAAGAGGAAUUCGAGCUCUGAAUGGUCCGGUGGUUAAAAACACUGGUUUGAUUUGCUGCUUUUCAUUUCUUGACUUAUAGUGUUAUCACAAGAACAAUUCUGUGCCAGUAUUUACCUAUAGGAUUUUUUAUUCACUACGAAUUGCUGUGUCUUGCCAUCUUAUCUGCUUAACUUCCUGUUGACUUCCGUGUGAGGAACUUCUCCAUGUUAUGUAGCUUCUUCAGUGUUUUCUCUUUGUCCUGUUUCCGCAUGUUUCUUGAUUUGUUUUCUGAUUAAAGAUAUAAGAGCAUGCUCACUGAUGAUUUAAGCUGA